CCCCCCCCCCCCCCCCCCGCGGCUGCCGGGAGCACCCUGAUAAGAUUGCUCAGCUUGUGAUCCUACUCUGUCAUUCGAGUUCAGCGUCAGCUGCCUUUUUUCUGGUCCCUACAAGAUGCCAGCAGCCCUUGCAGAGAACAGCCAGGUUAUCUGUGAAGUAUGGGCCAACAACCUGGAGGAAGAGAUGAGGAAAAUCCGGGAGAUUGUUCUGAGUUACAGCUACAUUGCCAUGGACACGGAGUUCCCCGGAGUUGUUGUCAGGCCGAUCGGUGAAUUCCGCAGCUCCAUAGAUUAUCAGUACCAGCUCCUUCGCUGUAACGUCGACCUGCUGAAAAUUAUCCAGCUGGGCCUGACUUUCACAAAUGAGAAGGGGGAAUAUCCUUCUGGCAUCAACACCUGGCAGUUCAACUUCAAAUUCAACCUUACGGAAGACAUGUAUUCUCAGGAUUCCAUAGACCUCCUUGCCAGCUCUGGGCUGCAGUUCCAGAAGCAUGAAGAAGAAGGGAUUGAUACCCUGCAUUUUGCUGAGUUGCUGAUGACAUCUGGGGUUGUCCUCAGUGACAGUGUGAAAUGGCUGUCCUUCCACAGUGGUUAUGACUUUGGCUACAUGGUGAAGUUGUUGACAGAUUCCAGGUUACCAGAAGAGGAACAUGAAUUUUUCCAUAUCUUAAACCUUUUCUUCCCAUCUAUCUACGAUGUGAAGUACUUAAUGAAGAGCUGCAAAAACCUCAAGGGUGGCCUUCAGGAAGUGGCAGAUCAGCUGGAUUUGCAGCGAAUUGGACGACAGCACCAGGCAGGAUCAGACUCUCUUCUCACAGGAAUGGCAUUUUUCAGAAUGAAAGAGUUAUUUUUUGAGGAUACAAUUGAUGAUGCAAAGUAUUGUGGACGACUGUAUGGCCUCGGCACAGGAGUGGCUCAGAAACAGAAUGAAGAUGUGGACUCAGCCCAAGAGAAAAUGAGCAUUUUGGCCAUUAUCAACAACAUGCAGCCGUGAUGAGCGGUGCCCCUCAGCAGAACAUGUUUACCAUAUUGGCAGCUGCUGUCCUCAACCAUUUUCCCUAAACAGUAUCUCAAA